UCAAAGUCGCUGCGAUUUUACUACAAACCCGAUCAUUAUCAUUAUCAAGGAUAGGAAUCGUCAACGAGAAAUUUACAUUCUACUCGUAUCAUGAAUUUUCUCAUUAUUUUAUCGAUUCUCGUGCUUAUCGAAGAAACCGUUUCAAAAGAUGUUUUCAUCAACGCAAACCUCCCCAUUUCUCCUCUAGCUUUAAUAAGAAAACCAGACUCAUUAUUGUGGAAACCUGCGACUCCUUUCAGAUCUCCUCACAACGAUAAUGAGGUUGGUUAUUCCUACAGUGACGUAGAAGACGAACAUGGACUCAAGGAUGAAUUCAAAAUCGCCUGUGCUGCCAGCAGCGAUCGGGUGAAAGCCAUAGAAAAUAAGUGGAAAGAAGAACAAUCCUCGUCUAAACUUCCAGAAGAAAAGAAACUGUUUUUCAUGCAGGAAUUUCCAGAGUAUGAAGAGUUGUCGGUCGUGUGUCGCGAGCCUGCCAAACCUUCGAUAAGAGAAAUUUAUUCUGAGAGCUGUGGAAAAUCAACUGGGGAUGCACUUUACGAAGUCGGAUAUCCGGUAUCCAAGGACAACGUCGGAAGGGGUGUUCAAUUCAUGAGCGUUUACAAAGUAUGUCGUUCGGUGAAUGAAGAUGUGGGCACAUUGUACACAAUUCACCAAAUAGUGUCGCCAGAUUUAAUGAUGUUGCAGUACAAGCAGUGGUAUGAACCUGAGCCUUCGAAAGCAUUCAAAUCCAAUUUAGAUGGAUGUGUUGGUUGUCUAGGCACGUUUUACAAGGAAAACAAACUCUACGUUUACCAAUUCGUCAGUAUGUUCGAUAUGCCAACCAAGAUUUUGCAACUUACAACACACUUCCCCUUCAAUUUCAUUCCGGUUAAAGACAAUGAAAUAUUCAUGGGAUUGCUCCGAGUUGACCAAUUCAUACGACUUUUUAGCAGAAAAACAAACCAACCCCUAAGAUUAUACUCGGGCAGAUACCAAAAAACAGUAAACAUCCGUCCAAGCGGACUCUGCAAGGCACUCGGCUGUAGCAAGAAUUUACCAAUAGAAUUACUCUGGAAAAUCGUCAACAACGGAAGUCACUCCAUCAUGUUGAUAACCCAACUCACACAACAGAGUUGUACUCAAACAAAAAACAUUUUAUGUAAAGAUGACAACACUCUCGUCAUGUUGGAGACUUACAAAAAUGGCGGUUGUACCUAUAAAUGCCCUGUGACCUCAACAAUAAUUUCUGAAUUUGGUUUACCAUCAUUAGAAUUUUUAGGAGUCUACGAAGACUUAUUAUUGGAUUUCAAGGUGUCGGAAGAACAGCUGAACUAUCUUCGAAAAUUAACAGGAGGCCCAUCUAAUGCUAAUACGAGCUCUAUAGUUUCUCACGAAGUUGGUAUAGCUGAUUUCAUGGGAAAUGUUAAUAAAUUUGAAGCUGCUGUGAGGGCUGUUGAUGCUCAACCUGAGCAGAAUGUGCAAAAUGGUCAUAAUGGAGAUGAGCAAGGGCUUGAGAUCAUUCGUGAGGAUGAUCCCAGCAAUAGGACUGAGGAUGAUCUCAGUAAAGGGGCUGAGUAUGAUCUCAGCAAAGAGGCUGAGUAUGAUCUAAGCAAUGGGGCUGAGGCUGAGGAUAAUGCUACUGGUAGAUAG